GAGGGGAGGGGAGUGGGGCUCAUCAAUUGAUUUAUCGUGAAGAGCGGUCACGAGAGGGGGAUGGUGUUCUUCUGCUUUCUGGUGGACCAGCGGCGGAUGGUGAGGAGCAGCAAGCCGGCGGCGGGGAUCUGCUCGAGAUGCGGAGGAUGCGCCAGCGUCGCCGACAUGGUCACCGCCACCCGCUUCUGCUACGUCCCCGUCUACCGCCGGACCUGGCGGGCCAUCAUCUGUACCUUCUGCGGCGCCCUUCUCAAGUCCUACCGAUAGAAUAUAUCUAUCUAUAUAUAAAUAUAUAUAGGGACAGAGAGUUGCUUCCCAGUUUGCUGCGGCCGGCGUUGCACCAUGCCACCGCCACCAAGUAAUUUGUUUUCUUUCUCUCUUUUUUUUCUUUAUGUGUUUCCCGUUGGAGAGGGUGGCAUGGAUGUGAGGGAUUUCUAGGGAAUGGCUUAUAUAUGGUUAAGAAUAUAUGUCGAAUAAUGUGUGUAUAUAUUUAUAUAUUGAUGUUAUUUGUCGGAAUGUUAAGGCUUUCUGUAACGUUUUUCAUCAAUGCCUCCUGGGGUAGCUUUUAAUUA